CCAGUUUUCUCAUCUUUGAAAGGAUAACAGAGAAAAUGUUUAGAAACUUCUGUCAUGAAAGGCGCCAUUUUCGUAAAUUUAAAAUGGAGGAGGAAAUAUUGAGGAAGGUCCUUGGAAAGUUAAAGAAACCAGAUAUACCAUUGUAUUUGGAAAAAUGGGGAUCCAUCAAUGAAAAUGAAAUUCAACAGAAAAUAAAAUUUAGUGCAGCUAAAGGCAACAUCAUAACCAAUAUCGCUGCCAUAUAUAAGAAACACAAGAGAAGGUCAACUCAAGAUGUUGGGAUGCUAGACUUGAUGUAUGUCUCCGAGAACAGCAAGAAGAAAAAUUGGUUGGUCAGUAAACUCAAGAAAGCUUCAGGUGAACAUACAGUGCUUACAGCUAAGAUGCUACAGUCAGGUCUCAGUCGCAACCUGGCACACUUCGAUGCUGAUGUGAAUGUGUUGGAGAAUAACGAAGCUUUUUGGAUGAGAGUGUCAAUUCAAGAAUACAAGUCCUAUAUUCCUACACAUGUCACCUACAUAGCCCACUAUCCUCACACAGACACUGUUAUAUCUUCAACAAUGAGUGCUGCAUAUAAGAGCUAUAUAAGACGGGCUGUACUAAGUACACUUAAGUGUGUAACAUGGGAAGACUUACCUCUAGCAGGUCAUUGUGUGGUGUCUCUGGCACAACUGGCAAACCAUCAGAAAAGUUUAGGAGCAUAUACGAGGUUCCAACAAAACCAGGCAGACUCUCAUCCUUUAACGAGAAAGAGAAAAAGACAAGAUUCAGAGGAAGGAGAAGAACAUGACAGUCGCAUAUUGUUUGAACAUGAGACCAACAACCAAUCGCGUACUGAGUACCUUACAGAAAAGUUUGGACCAAAUAAACAGCCGAAUCUGGAGAAAGUCCUUUAUAAGACCAACCUGAGAUUCAGAGGAUGUGCUGUCAGUCCUAAACUACAAGCCCUCAAGUCAAAACAAAUAUACUGCCAGGUGAAGUUUGAAGGUUCUAGUGUGAUAGAAGGCAUUAAGAACUUAAGUAAAACUGGCAGAGCUAAUGCUAAUCUGCCUAAACACAUGGUGGAGCUGCCAACAAUGGCAAAAAGUGUAAUAACUAUAUUUGAAAAGAACCCAACUCAAAGACAGCAGGGGAAUGCCCCCUCUACACCUGAUAUGGGGAAUAGAUCUAGGACAUUUAGCCCUACACAGGGUGACACUGGCACAUGAGAGUGGGCAGCUUGGAGCAAACAAAUUAUAUGCUUGAAAUUAGUAAUCUCAAUAAAGUCGUCAUUGUUUAUUCUGAUUGUGUAUGAAAAUUUCAAAAAUGCAAAAUGAUAUCUCUCUGGAUAUAUGACUCUAAUUUUGAACAUCAAACAUUGAUUUUCUCUUUUAAGGAUCACUAUUUUGAGUUCACAUUGAUAAAACAAGUAAGUAACUUUUGUCUAUUUCUAACAUGUUAUGUAAUACUAUUCUAGCCCAUCCAAAACCACCGAUGCCAUCUUAUAUAGCGAGUCAUCACCCAUUACCUGAAAAUGUAUCUUCUAGGUUUGAGAUGUACAGAGUGUCCAUAAAGUCUCAUUACACUUUACAAAGACUUUAUAUUUUAAGUGUAAAGAUACGUUAUGGACAUCCUGUAGAUCUUUGUGGUCCUAAUUUUAAUUCCCUGAACUUUUAAUUCAUUAGUUAAUUAAAGUGUCUGAGAUUUUAUUCAAUGAUGGUGA